UCUUGAGCAACACCUCCACCGGCCGAUUUCACUGUACAUUUUCCGCCGUCGACUGGCACGAACGGAGAUACGGUAGCAGCUCGCGGCUUCGCGAGCAACAUUCGCAAAGAUGGUGAACAUCACGGACAAGAUCAAGGAGAUUGAGGAGGAGAUGGCGAGGACGCAGAAGAAUAAGGCUACCAACUACCACUUAGGUCUGCUGAAGGGAAAGCUCGCUCGUCUUCGAGCACAACUCCUCGAACCUGGCAAGACCGCAGGUGCAGAAGGAACAGGAUUCGAUGUCAGCAAAUCCGGCGAUGCACGAAUAGCACUCGUCGGCUUUCCCUCAGUCGGAAAGUCCACAUUCCUAUCCAAGAUCACAAAAACGAAGUCCGAAGUUGCUUCAUACGCUUUCACAACUCUCACGGCCAUUCCCGGUGUCCUCGAAUACGGAGGCGCGGAAAUUCAGAUUCUCGAUCUUCCCGGUAUCAUCGAAGGCGCCUCAGAAGGAAAAGGACGAGGUCGUCAAGUCAUUUCAGCAGCCAAAACGAGUGACAUGAUUGUCAUGGUUCUCGAUGCCACGAAACGAAUAGAGCAGCGUGCUUUGCUGGAGGCAGAACUGGAAGCUGUUGGCAUCCGGUUGAACCAGGACCCACCGAACAUCUAUCUCAAGCCAAAGAAGGCGGGAGGUGUGAAGAUCACCUUUCAAGCGACACCGAAGAAUCUGGACGAGAAGAUGCUGUAUAACAUCCUCAAGGACUAUCGCAUUCUGAAUGCUGAGGUGCUGAUACGAGACGAGAAUGCCACUGUUGACCAGUUCAUCGACGUAAUCAUGAAAGACCACCGCACCUACAUCAAAUGCAUAUACGUGUACAACAAAAUCGACAGUGUCAAUCUCGAAUUCCUCGACAAGCUCGCCCGCGAACCCAACACGGCCGUCAUGUCCUGCGAGCUCGAUCUUGGGGUGCAAGACGUUGUCGAUCGCUGCUGGAACGAAUUAAACCUGAUUCGCGUGUACACGAAGAAGCGCGGCGUAGAACCUGACUUCAAUGAGGCGUUGAUUGUGCGGCAUGGAAGCACGAUCGAAGACGUUUGUGAUUCGUUGCAUCGAAGCAUGAAGGAGAGCUUCAAGUAUGCGCUGGUGUGGGGCGCGAGCGCGAAGCAUGUGCCGCAGAGGUGUGGUUUAUCGCAUGUGGUCAGCGAUGAGGAUGUUGUGAGUAUUGUGGGGACGAAGAGUGGACUGAAUGCCGAGACGAAGUAGGAUGGCACGAAUGGUGUGCGUAGCAUCGAUGGAAACGCGUUGCUGUGGAACAAACUGAAAGCCAGCAACGAGAGCGCAGGUGUGAAGAUCGAUUGUCACCAGAUGCACGCUUUUAGUCUUCACCGAUAGGUAAAGAUGCAGUUCUCAAGGCCCAAAGCAUAUACCUUUGGUUUUCCACCAAUGACCAGACUUGUCCCAGA